UUUCAGUAUUUGUGGUAGCCGUGUUCUUCUCUCCAUCCCAAAAUUUCGGCGGUGUUGGUGUGGCAUCUUCUCCAAGAAUCCCAAACUCCUCCUGACACAAGAAUUUUGACACCUCACUGAGUUUCUCAAUUUCAAUUGAGCAGCCUUAAUCGCAGGAGCGCGACAAUUCUGAAUAAAUAUGCUGGUUUCGGGUGCUAUUAGCGACGUUUUGGUGGUGCUUCCACCUUCGGCAUCUCUCAGACUUCCGGAAUUUCGCCAUUUGCAUGCUUUCACAGUUUCUGACGCCAAGGGUUUUCUGUCUGGGGGAUUUCUUAAAAGCUGUCCUUCAUCUUACAAUCCCAAGCACUACAAUGAACUCUACAAUUUCCGAGCUAGAGGCUUAGUUGCAAGAGCAUCUGCUGAUCCAAGGGAUAAUUUGGUGCCAUUUGCUCCCCUCCAAUUUGAGUCACCAGUUGGUCAGCUUUUGGAACAAAUCUCAAAUACCCAUCCGCAUCUACUACCAGCAGCCAUUGAUCAACAACUAGAGAAUCUUCAGACUGCUAGAGAUGCUCAGAAUGAAUCUUCUGAUUCAUCUCUUGAUUCCCUUUACAAGAGGAUAGCGGAAGUCAAAGAGAAAGAAAAGCGAACAACAUUGGAAGAGAUAUUGUACUGCUCAAUUGUACAUAAAUUUUUAGAGAACAAUAUUUCAAUGAUCCCAAAAAUAUCAGCAACAUCAGAUCCCACUGGUCGAGUGGAUUUAUGGCCAAAUCAAGAGCUGAAACUAGAAGGGGUUCAUUCUCCAGAGGCAUUUGAGAUGAUUCAGAGUCACUUAUCUCUGGUACUGGGAGAUCGCCUUGUGGGCCCUCUCCAGACAGUUGUUCAAAUUAGUAAAAUUAAACUGGGAAAGUUGUAUGCUGCUUCUAUAAUGUAUGGAUACUUCCUCAAACGAAUUGAUGAACGGUUUCAACUUGAAAGGUCAAUGGGAACCCUCCCCAAGGAUUUUGGAAAAGCUAAAAGUUUUGAUGAACCAUCACCAGGCAUCAAGCUUUGGGAUCCUGAUUCCUUAAUCAUAGUACACGAUUAUGACAAUGACAGUGAUCACAUGGAUACUGAUGAAGGCAGAUCUUUCAGACUAAGAGCUUAUGUGAUGCAGUUGGACGCAGAGACACUUCAGAGACUUGCUACUGUACGAUCGAAGGAAGCUAUAUCAUUGAUUGAAAAGCAAACUCAGGCCCUGUUUGGAAGGCCAGAUAUUCGUGUCUCCGAGGAUGGUUCAAUUGAAACAUCCAAUGAUGAAUUGCUUUCACUCACUUUCUCGGGCUUGACUAUGCUAGUUUUGGAGGCACUUGCUUUUGGAUCAUUCCUAUGGGACAAAGAAAAUUAUGUUGAAUCCAAGUACCCUUUUCUUGAUAUAGACUAGAUGAUUGUACACCGAGACUAUUUCCUUUUACUGCACCUUUCAGAAUGUAAAUGUAAUGCAUGGAACUUGGUAACGUAGUAAUCUGUUAGGCGGCGUUUUAGUCGUCGAAGAAUUGCUUGCUAUCCUAAUCUGGAGUGUUUUCAAACUAUUAUAGAACCUUAGACAAAUCAUGUGCGUGGAGGUAUAUAGGAAAAUAAAAAUGUACAUAUUUAGCAUGUUCAUAAUAAUCCAUGCAAGCCUUGACUUUGUAAAUGAUAUAGAAUCUGCACCAAAUGAAAAUUUCAUUUCUGGUUUUUAA